AUGGAAAUUUUGUCAGUUGCAAGUAUCACCAUACUGCCAGUAAUUUGCACUGCUCUAGACAGCUCAUCGCCAAUAUUUUGGCUGACCAGCGAGCUCAGGAAUAUUGAGUGGCGUAAGGGUUGCUUAACAACAGCUGGUUGCGCACAACCGCGAUUUCAGCUGGUCCUUCUGAAUGGUGUCACCAACGAGAAACUGUCGAAAAGUUGGUUGAUUACGCCUCAGCUCAUGCAGGUUAUUCUUGAAUUUCACAUAUCAGCGAAACUAGUACUAUUAACUCUUCAUUAAGU